AUGAACUACAACAUCACCAAGCGAACGGCUUGCGACCGCUGCCGGGGCCAGAAGCUGCGGUGUAGGCGAGCCGAACAGGGAGACGAAAAUGAGCCCUGCCUGCGCUGCCACCGCGCUGGCGCCGUGUGUUUCACGAGCAGCCCGCGACCCUCGGGACGACCGCGAACAAACGGCGGCUACGCAUCUGACGGACGGCAGCCGCCGGCUCCGGCUCCGGCUCCAGCUGCGGCUGCGGCUCCGCAGUCUGAAACAUCAUUGAACACUCUGGCAGCUCUCGGACGGAGGCGGCGGCAGCUUUCAGACCUGCCAGUCGACGCUCUGGCCCUCGCCGCGCCGUCCAGGCUCACGUCAACGACCCGGUCCAUCGGCACGACGCCGGCGUGGGCUAUCCCGGAUGGCGAGUUGCAGGAACGGCUGGGCGCGCUUGCUGACCGGCCCUCUCCCGGGGGCAGUAGCCGUGGCGCAGCUCAGCCAUGGAUAUCUCCCGACAUGGGCAACUUGUUUAGCAUGCUGCUCCCCAACGCCGACGACGUGCUAGAUCCGCUGGUCGGGCUGGGGACCGGAGACCAGGCCAGGGCUCACGAGGCCAUGUCUGAAGAGGCACCCCGGUACUCGCACAAUGGCAACCGGCACGGUGCAAUAGAGCUGGGAAUGGACGUGGAUAGCGAGGGCGCCUACGAUGAUGCCGCUGAUGGGCGCGACAGGGACGCAGCUCUGCUCUCCGAGUCCCCCGAGUCCGGAGACGUCUUGAUCAACCUUGCGCGUCUCAUGGAGAUGAUCACGAUCCAAAUCUACCGCGUCCGUUGCCAUCCCAAGAGCCCGGCCGGAGAGUAUCCUUGCAUCGACAAGAUCCACGAAACUCAAGAGAAUCCCGCAGCCCAGGUUCUGCAGAGCACCUCGGAGUUCACGGGGAUUCUGGAACGAUUUUGCACGUCUUCCUCGUCGUACAUGCCUACGCCUUCGCUAUUCAGCUCGGAAAGUGGGAGUUUAGGCGCCGAAGCGGCAGACUCACUGCCCAACGGGCCACCGCUACGGCAAGACGACUCUUGUUCGGCCAACACGGGACCCGUUGGCACGCCUGCGGUGCUCUUGAUCCUCUCUUGCUACCUCCAACUCUUGCGGCUCUACGACGCCAUCACGAAUCGGAUGCUCCAGUCGCUACAGCAGCUGCAGGACGUUGUUGGCUUCUUCCAGACGGCCAUUGAGCUGCGGAUCAGCGGCCUGCCUUCUAUCAAGGGACACUUGUACAUCAAGGUUCUCGUGCAAAUCAUGGAGCAUCAGAUCAAUGCAAUGGAGAAGCUGCUCGGUCUUCCGGCCGAGUACCGUCUUUUCGGGCGGACAGCGUCGACGGGAAUACUCAGCACCGUCGAAUUGUCGCGUCUGUUCAAGGUGGUUAUGGCCCAGGGGGGAGGUGGCCCAGCAAAAUCAGGCAGCUCGCUGGUAGAUUCAAUCCGGGAAAACUUGACGAGUAUCAAGGAACUACUGCAGGGCUAG